AUGAACUUAUUCCUUUUUCUCCCGUAGCGCGCGCGGCCCACAGCCUACACGGCCCACCUCCCGCGCUACCCCCCAGUGGGCAGUGGCGACGCUAUCCUCUCCAUCCGCUCGCGGCUCGCGCUCGCCCAUCCAAUCCACCGCAAGCCGAAGCGUGAGCAAAGUGCCCUCGAGCCAUGGCCAUGUCCCUCUCCCUCGCGCGCGUCGCGCUCCCGCCUCUGCUGCAGCAGCAGGGGGGCGCCCCCAGGAAGCUCCACCCCGGCGCCCUCGCGUUCCCCGCCAAGUCGUUCUUCGGCGCGCCGCUGGCGGCCGUCGCGGUCUCCCCCGCGUCGGCGGCGGCGGCGUCGCCGCUCCGUCGCAGGCCGUCGUCCGCCUCCGCCGUCGUCGCGGCGGGGAAGGGGUACAAGAUGAAGACCCACAAGGCGUCGGCGAAGCGGUUCCGGGUGACGGGGAGGGGGAAGAUCGUGCGGCGGCGCGCCGGGAAGCAGCACCUUCUCAGCAAGAAGAACACCAAGCGCAGGAAGAGGCUAUCCAAGAUGAUCCAAGUUAACAAGAGCGACUACAACAACGUGACGGGCGCACUGCCCUACCUCAAAGUGAACAGGAAUGCAGAAUGAGAUCUCCUAGGUCUUGCAAACAUGCUUCUGUUUCGUUUCAUCAAAUUGUAAUUUUGUGUAUCUUCUUUGUAUUUCUUUUCUGAAUACCAAGGUCCCAAGUCAUACCAAGCAAGCACAAACAAUUAUUCAUGCCAACAUGUUCAAAAAUGAGUUGCACUUGCACGAGCUAGUUAUUUACAAGUCCUUUUUCCCCUUUUGACAAAGAAAAUUCCAACUGAUAAUGAAAGCAACUAUUAAGGAGUAAGAACAUGAGUGGUUGACUA